UUUUGGUUUUAUAAUUUGUAGGCCUAAUUUAUUUAUUUUACCGACUUGGUUUCUGGCUACAGAUUUUAGAAUGAUGAAGUGUCACACAUCCCUUUAAAAAUAAUGUGACAUUGACAAUAUAUGUAUGUAAAAUGAGUGGUCUUAGUUCAUCUGAGGCAGUACAGAAGUUGUGCAAUGAAAUUACCAGUAUUGUGGAUGAACAUGAGCAGAUUUUACAAAAAACAUGUUUCAAAAGAUUUGUGUCACAAAUGCUGUGCAGAUCUUCCCGUUACACACCAAUUUCAUUUUUCUCUGUACUUGGCAUGGCUGUGGCUUUGCUUGUUGCGGCUUCUAUGGAAGAAGUUGAUAAAUUUUCAUCAGGUAGCAGAGCAUGGCUGGUUGUUGAAGCUGUUCUACUCAUAUUAUCUAUAGCUUUUAACUGCCUCCUAAUUUGCUUAAGAAUUAAAAGAAACACAGCUAAAGACAUUGGCUUAAAGAAAGCAUUUAUAAAGAUCCUCCAAGAUGCUGUCACCAAUAGUACCUGGAGCUCAGAGAACUAUCCCCACCUGCACACGCCAAUGUCACCUUGUAUAUCCCUACAGUGGUGCAUGCGGGACAAGAUGUUGGUCAACUUACCACACACACUCCUGGUUGCUGGGGAUGUUAUAAUGCUCAGACCAGGUCAUCCAGCGCCUGAACAUUGUCAGGCUGUAGAGGGUGACAUGGUGCUAAAAUCUGGGGAGAUUUAUUUCUCUGAAAUGCAUCAGGAGUCAGGGGAAGGGCCACAACCAAGGAAACCGCUUGUUCCUAAGAAAUUUGUUCUCAAAGAAACACCUAUUAUAAAGAAUAUCAAGUCUAUGUUUGAAGAAAAUCCAAGCAAGCCACUUAGUUUUUUAGAAAAUGAGCGCUACACUGUGUGCAAUGUUUGGCUUGAGCAGAGAUUUUUACCUGUAACUUUUCUUUUGUUUUUAGCUAUUAAUGUGUCAAGAUAUUUGUAUUUAGAGAAAGGAGGAGGACAUUGGACUGAACUUAUUUUAGUUUUACAGGUCCAUGGGGCCCUCCCUCUAGUUCCAGUCCUCCUGCCAUUUUUGUGGACUGUGGUCAACAUAUUUGGACAGGCUCACAUUUUUGCUGCUUAUGAUAUUUUCCGCUCAUUAAAGGAUUUUAAAGACUCCACCGAAAGUUUAGGAAGUUGCAGCAACAUUUCGGUUAAAGAUGCUGACAUCAGCAUAAGCUGGCCAGAAACACUAAGCCGGUUCUGGGACAUGUUCUGGGCUAAACGACCUAUUAUCUGUCCAGAUUUUGAGAUGCUUCAUGCCCUUGGCAGUGUCACUGCUUUGUGUUGUGUGGACAAGAAAGGAAUCCUGUCCUGGCCUAAUCCUUCAGCAGAAAAGGUUUUCUUCUUCUCCUCUGCCUCUAAGCAAGAGUUCCAUGAAGACGACGAAGAUGAUAAAAAUGAUAAAGAUGAAAAAAAGGUGAUAAAACGUAGGAGACGACACAAGACUCCAUCAGACAGUGACCCCUCAUCAAACAUUGAAGUGUUGGAUAUGACACACGAUGCUGCGAAACUAAGGGAUGCUUUUGGUGUCUUGUUUGAUGACCCCAACUGGAAAAAUCAUCUUUCUGCCCUUAAACCAUUGGGUCUGAACAUCCUCCUGAACACCUGCAACCCCUGCACAUCAGAGUGGUACACCCAGUUUACAGAUCACGUGUCAUGCGCUGCCAGAGAAAAAAAAGACACAGUUGCUGUUAUUAACAGAAGGUGCUUGUGUUUACUACCAAGGGAAAUUGGUUUUGUUGAUGAUGCUGUGAAUAUAUUUACACAUGAGGCCACCCUUGGUGUUUAUAGACAAGUGCCACACGAAGAGGCUGAGAGGGAGAAGCAGAACCGAGCUAGAUCAUUCAUUCAGCACAAGAUCCCCAUGCCCAACCAGGUGUCUGUGGUGGUCAGGGAUAAGUUGACUGGGAUGUGCCAGCUGAUGACCCAAGGAACAGGAGAUCUGGUCCUGGACUGUUGCACUGAUGCCUGGAAUGGGACAGAUCUUCAAACUCUCACAGAGAUGGACAGGAAGAGGGUGCUUGACUUUUACCACAGAAAUUCAAUGAUCGCGUACUGUACAGCAUUUGCGUACAAGCCACUGCCAAAGUCUGUGGAAGAGUGGUCCAGCGAUGUGUACACAGAACUAAUGGAGACUCCAAGUACAACUAAAGUAGCUCAUGGUGAGGAUAUGGGGGUGUUCCUGGAUGGGGAUGAGGAGAUCCAAAGACACCCCAGGUCCCACAGUGUUGACUCCCUGCUGGAGAUGAGCCCCACAACAUCCAUGGAGGAGCUGGGCCUGGGCAAGAUGCUUCAGUCUCAUCAGACCUUCAUUGGGAUGGUCUCCUUGCAAUAUCAAGCCAGGCAGGAUUUUGUUCAAUUAAUUGACAAACUGGAGUCAGCCUGUAUAAGAUUUGUUCAUUUUUCAAAAGAAAAUGAAGUAAGAAGUCGAGUUUUUGCAGAAAAGAUGGGUCUGGAAGCGGGGUGGAACUGUCAUGUUUCUCUCAUGGCUGCUGAGUCUGUUGCCUCAGAGAACUCCUCCAGCAGAAACCUCUCCAGCCUGUGCAACAAUGUGCAGGGGGAGGCAGCAGAUGGACCCAUGUCUGAAACUGGCAGUAACCCUCAGGGUUUGAUACGCUCCAGGGACUUGACCACAGGAUCUCUCUGUGUAACCAAUCCCAUGUUUGUUCCACGUACACAGAGUGCUCCAAGUUUUGUAAAUACUCAAGAAGUUCAGGUAAAAUUUGCAAAAGACACACUGCCAAUGGUACCUGAUCAUGACUCAGUGACAGAGGACAGCAUUCUACUGACUGAUGUGGGCUCUACCAUCUGUGGCAAAGGUAACUACGACGAGCAGGACGGAGAUGAAACCUCAGCUCUGCUGAAAGAAGCCGCCUUGACGGAGCAAAAUAAAAAUGACAAUGAGGUUGAGAACAACAGCGAGCUAGAGGAUGAGGACAAGCGAAGACUGGUGCCACGCAGAGGGCACAAAUCUUGGGCAGAAUCUGAAUACGAGGAUGAGGACGAUGAGGAAGAUUUUGAUGUCCAGUCUGAUAGCCGUUACACCUCCAGUUAUGUGACGGAGAACACAGAGGACAGUUUAACUGGUGCACUAGACAAUAGGGCCCACCUACCCAGGGGUAUAGAAAACAUUAGACCUCAUCUACAAAACAUUGACAAUGUUCCACUGUUGGUGAACUUGUUCACAGACUGUGUGCCUGAAGCAACGUGUGAAAUGGUAAAAAUUAUGCAAGAAAAUGGUGAGGUUGUGCUAGUAGUUGGCAGCUCAUUAAAUAUUGUCAAUACACCUGUUUUUAUGCAGGCUGAUAGCAGUAUAGCCAUUGAGCCCUUAUUCCCACAACUGUGCGCCAGACACCCUGUCAUGACCUAUCCCUGGAAUGAAGAUGAGCCAACACCAAUUGAACUUUCCUCUAGGAUCCUGUCUCUGCCUUGUUGCUUAUUUUUUCAAAGAGGAGACAAUAUAACAUUGGUGCAGCUUAUAAUGGAGUCAAGACACUACAUAUUUGCCAUGAGGAACUGCUUCUACCUUAUGCUGUGCUGUCUUCUGGCUGUUGUGCUGUCCCAGUUUGUCUGUUGCCUGUUUCUCUUGCCGCCUGUCAUGGACGUCCAACAUGUUCUAUGGCUGGUCCUAGUAGUCGUACCCGCCCUUAGUCUUUCACUGCUGGGCAACCCAAAUGAGGCAAGGACAGUGGGACUUGCCACACAUAAAAACAUUCACCAUGUCAACAAACAGAUGAUAAUUGAAUUCGUCCUCCAGUUUUGUACCCGCUUCCUGCCGUCCAUCAUUAUUGCUGUGCUCAGCUUUGCAUUAGUGCUACAUUCAUUCUGUGAGAAUGUUUCUACUGUUCACUGUUCUAUAUACGAAAUCAGAUAUGAUGCCAACAGCUCCAACAUCACUUCAUGGAGCCAGAAAUUUCAAGGUGGGCUGGUCCUGGCGCAAAACAUUUUUCACUUGUAUUUUGUCAUUUUUCUUGUUGCAAUAUCAAUGAGUCUAGUCCACUGGCAAGACCAUCUCUGGCAGAGACUGCCAUUUAAAAAUUUGGUUUGGUCUCUAACUGCUGGAAUCUUACUUGCAACACAAAUUGUCUUCUGUGUAGCAGACGUGUACAUGAGGCACAAUACCUUUGGAUCUGCCUUGCCUCUGUCUGAUGUAGUGCCAGCUGUUUGGGUUAUAGGAUGUGUAUGGCCUCUCAUCACCAUCUCUCUCAAUGAACUUGCUAAGAAGAGGGAAAUCAAAUUGGCUGUGAGGAGGCAAAGAAGAGCUCGCUUAGAUUUUGAUACAAAGCUGGGUAUGAAUUCACCAUUCUAA